AUUAAAAUUACUCUCAAGCUCUACAACAUAAAAAAAGCAAAGAACACUCACAAUCUUCCUUUUGUUUCCAAUUUCACAGCCACACUUAACAGCCUUGCUGAUAUUUAGAGCUAGAGAUAUUGCUUUCAUAAACAAAGUUAAUAUUGAGUAACUUACUUUUUAGACACAGCAUCACCAGUUACUUUGUCUAUUUUUGAUUACUCUGUCUAUUUUUAUUUAGUUCCAAACAAAACAGGAUCAACCGUUGCAUGUCUCUGAGCAGCAAAGUAUCGGUGCUUCGUUACUGAGUCAGUGUUUUUGUGCAAAUCGGUUAAAUUUCCUACACAAGGGUUUAAUCUGAAGAGAGAUUCCAGGGCUGCCAUUGGAUUAGAGGUACAAUGGACCAUAUUAACUAGGGGUAAUCCUGGCAAAUAUUGCAAGUCCUUUCAUAUGACUCUGACGAGAACAGACCACUUCAAGAAGACAGCAGUCAGGAGCUCUAAAAAUAUUGUCAAAUGUCUAUAAACGUACGAGUCACUACAAUGGAUGCUGAGCUGGAGUUUGCCAUUCAGCCCAGUACAACUGGUAAACAACUUUUUGACCAAGUUGUGAAAACUAUUGGACUCCGAGAGAUCUGGUACUUUGGACUGCAGUAUCAGGACAGCAAGGGCUUCUCUACAUGGCUGAAACUCAAUAAGCGGGUGACUGCUCAAGAUGUCAGAAAAGAAAAUCCAUUGCUGAUUAAAUUUCGAGCAAAGUUCUACCCUGAGGACGUGGCAGAAGAGCUGAUUCAGGAAGCUACACAACGCCUGUUCUUUCUCCAGGUGAAAGAGGGCAUCUUGAAUGAUGAUAUCUACUGUCCACCUGAGACGGCUGUUCUACUGGCCUCAUAUGCUGUGCAGAUGAAAUACAGUGACUACAAUAAAGAAUAUCACAUGCCUGGAUAUUUGUGCAGAGACAAAUUGCUGCCACAAAGAGUUCUAGAACAACAUAAACUGACUAAAGAGCAGUGGGAAGAACGAAUUCAGGUGUGGCAUCAGCAACACAAGGGCAUGAUCAGAGAGGAUGCAAUGAUAGUAUACUUGAAGAUUGCCCAGGAUCUGGAGAUGUAUGGAGUGAACUAUUUCAGCAUCAAAAACAAAAAAGGAUCAGAGUUGUGGUUGGGUGUUGAUGCUUUGGGGCUCAACAUAUAUGAACGUUCAGACAAGCUGACACCUAAGAUUGGAUUUCCUUGGAGUGAGAUACGGAAUAUUUCUUUCAAUGACAAGAAAUUUGUCAUUAAGCCCAUAGACAAAAAGUCACCGGACUUUGUGUUCUAUGCACCUCGUCUGCGCAUUAAUAAGCGUAUCCUGGCUCUGUGCAUGGGAAACCAUGAUCUUUACAUGAGACGGCGCAAACCAGACACCAUUGAGGUGCAGCAGAUGAAAGCACAGGCCAGAGAGGAGAAGAACAAGAGACAACAAGAGAGAGCACUUCUGGAAAAUGAGAAAAAAAGAAGAGAAAAUGCAGAGAAAGAAACUGAGAAGAUUGCAAGAGAGACGAUGGAGCUUGUGGAAAGACUUCGACAAAUUGAAGAGCAGACCAAAAAAGCUCAAGAGGAGCUGGAAGAGCAGACCAAGCGAGCAUUGGAGCUGGAACGGGAAAGGAAAUUUGCUCAGGAAGAGGCUGAACGACUGGAGAAAGACCGCAGGAUUGCAGAAGAGGUGAAAUCUGCGUUACUGCAGCAAUCUGAGAACCAGAUGAAGAACCAAGAAAAUCUGGCAACAGAACUGGCCGAACUGACAUCCAAAAUCUCUCUUCUGGAAGAUGCCAAAAAGAAGAAAGAGGACGAAGCCAGGAAAUGGCAGAGAAGGGCGAUUAUGGUUGAGGUAGACCUGGAGAGGACAAAAGAGGAGUUGAAGAGUAAGCUAAUUGGGGUCCACAUCCAGGCUAUGUCCCAGACGGAGAAUGACCAUGAUGAGAAUGAUGAGAGCAGUGCUGAGGCCAGCGCUGAGCUCACAUCCACUGGAACAUAUCAAGACCGUAGUGAAGAGCAGCGUAUAACAGAAACUGAGAAGAAUGAACGUCUGCAGAAGCGCCUACAGGCUCUGAGCUCGGAGCUGGCAGAUGCCCGUGAUGAAAGCAAGAAGACUCCAAAUGAUCUGAUCCAUGCUGAGAAUGUGAGGUUGGGGAGGGACAAAUACAAAACCUUACGGCAAAUACGACAAGGAAACACCAAGCAGCGCAUUGAUGAAUUUGAGUCCAUGUGAAUUCCCAGUUGCACAGAUUUUCUUUCUGUAUCUGUGUAUGGUAAUCUGUUACAUACCAUUUUCAACUGCAGUGUUUGUGUCAGUGCCAGGUACACUGACGUGAUCUUAGUCUUUUGAGGUGAAUAAAAAAGUUUAACAUGAAAUUAAAACAAUGAUAAAUGUUGUAAACCUCUUGAUUGUUUGAAUUUAUAGUACACAAUAUGAUAUUAAUGAGGAAAAAAAUUAUUUGUGUUUUUCCUGCUUAAAAUUGGACAUUUUAACAAAAUCAAUAAAUAUUUUCAUAAAUUUUUAA